GAUCUUGGUUGUGGAAAUUUCAGAUUCCUAGUGGGUCAACUUUUCUCGUCAGUAAAUGAACUGAUGCAUCUAAAUUAAACGAAUUGAUCAAGAUAGUUGAGGAAGAAGAUCAGAAGACUCUCUCAAACUCAAGCCUUGCGGGCGUUGUUCUUUAUCUUGCCUGAUACAUGAAUAUUUCAUCAAUCACGCAGGUUAGAUGAUGAGUUGGUUUUUGAAAGAAAGCAAACAGCAGAAAGAGGAAAGAUUUCUGUUGAAUGGUAAAACUUUAUUGAAAGAGUUGAUUGCGUCUUCUAAUGGUAAGUAUAAUCAAUAUCGUAGCUUCACUGAUAAAGAGAUCAAGAUAGCAACAAACAACUAUGAUCAACAGAAUAUUAUAUUAACACAAGGUUGGUAUUCAUUGUAUAGCGGUUUUCUACAAGAUCGACUGGUUUCUGUUUUGAAUUUUUCAGAUGAGUAUACCGAAAAUAGUAUUAAUAGCAUCGUAUUUGCAUCGCAAAUGAGACACAAAUUUUUUUUGAAGUUGAUUGGAUGUUGUUUAGAGACUGAAGCUCCCAUUCUAGUUUUUGAACAUGUGGAGAAUGGGACUCUUGCUGAUCGUAUUUAUCGUUCAAGUGAACCGCAUUUCGAGCCUUUGUUAUUGACACAUAGGUUAAAGAUUGCUAUGGAGAUAGCUAAUGCAAUUGCGUAUCUCCAUUUUGGGUUCUCUCGACCCAUUAUUUUUAGAUCAAUCAAGCCAAACAAUAUUGUGUUCACUGAACAAUAUGUUGCCAAAUUGUUUGAUUUUUCAAACUCCAUCGCUAUUCCAGAAGGUGAAACUCACGUAGAAGAUAGUUCAAUGGUAGGAACAUAUGGAUUUAUGGCACCUGAGUACGCUAUCACACGAAAAUGCAAUGAAAAGGUGGAUGUCUAUAGCUUUGGUAGAAUUCUACUCGUGGUUUUGACUGGUCUCAAAUCACAUCAGCUUUCCAGUUGGCCUGCAGAAAUUCAUUUUGAUGGGCCUUUGGAGCGUGAUGAUUCUCCCAGUUCGACUGCUGAAACUCAUUCUGAUGGGCCUUUGGAGGGUGAUGAUUCUCCCAUUAGGCCCACUGAAUAUUGUUUUGAUGGGCCUUUGGAGCGUGUUGUGAAAAAAUACAUUGAGCAAGAGAGUUUUACUGAGGUAGUUGAUCCCAUAGUUGUUGGUUCUGGACUAUCUCCCAAAAAAGAAGAGCAAUUGCAAGCAUUUGCAGAGCUUGCCUUUAAAUGUCUCUCUCCUUCAGGCGAAGACAGGCCAACAAUGAUUGAUGUAGCAAAACAACUUAGGCACAUUUAUAAAUCUACUUGUCAAUUAAUGUCUUAAUUUAUGUACUCAUUAUUACAAAUAUGUAAAUUUUCAUGCAUUUAUGAAGAUUGAGAAUGCUCUUGCAA